AUGAGCCCACAGCGUUUAUGGCCAGUGGUCCUUAUGGCUCUGUUCAUCAUGCCCGUCCAGUCUCUGUGCUGUGUUUACCUGGACAGUGCAACCUUAAAAAGUGUGAGACUUCUGGGAAGCAUCAUCCAGUCUCCUCUAAAAUGUCUAAAAGAUAUCCAGGAUUUCGCGUUUCCUAAAGAAAUUCUUCCACACAUCCAGCAUGUGGAACGGGACCUGAAGGAGGUCUUCUAUCUUGCAUCUAUUCAGGCACUAAAUAUUUUCAGUCAGAAUAGGUACUUCUCCCCUGUUUUAAGGGAGCACCUAGAACACAUCGGGAUGGCACUUUUUGAGCAAAUGUGGCAAGCGCAGGACUGCUUCAUGGAUGAGAACAAGGAGGACAGUAAGACAGAACGCCCCCUACCGAUGCACCUUCAGAGGGUAUACCUGGAACUGAACAAGUAUUUCAUCAAAAUCAAGAAGUUCCUGUGGGUUAAGAAAUACAGUUUGUGUGCCUGGAAGAUCGUCGGAGCGGAAAUGAGAAGAUGUUUCAUGAUAUUUUACAACUUCAAAAAACUACUCAAAAUACAAUCGGGUGCUCAAGAAGGCAGCGAUAAAAUAUUUCUUCCCAUCAACAGGCCAGAAAUGAAAGACAGUGCCAACCCCGAGGGGAAACUCGACUCCUACAGUCUAACAGGCGCCCCCUCUGGAGAACCAGGGCCUACCCCAAACCACCUGCUCUCAGGCCAGACCAGAGCUCUGGCCGCCUUUGCCAUCAGUCCUGCGUAG